AUGGUCCUACAGAUCUUUGCUGUGGUUGCAUCUGUGUUAUUGGGUAACAAGUUGAGUCGACAAAAAACCCUGCUCGUCAGCACCAGCAUGAUCUUCGUCCCGUUCAUGGUCAUCGGCUGUAUAGGAAGGCAAAAAUAUCUUUCUACAACCUCGAAAUACAGUAUCGUCUUUUCGUACGUCGUUAUCUGUGCAUACAAUAUUGCCCAGGGGCCAUUGACAUAUGCCAUUACACGAGAACUUUCGGUGGGCGUCAAUCAGAAUCAGAUCAUGUCCGUCUCCAACAUUGCACUUUACUUCUUCCUCUGGCUCAUCUCUUUUACCGCUCCUUAUCUCUAUAAUAAAGCUGGAUUGGGCCCCAUGGUAUGCUUCGUAUAUGCCGGUCUUACAUUGACCUCGCUGGCUUGGGGUCGGACUCAGCUUGAGAUUACUGCUUUCUUUACGGAGGCUGUACCGGCUCGCAAGUGGAGUACACAUGGCUUUGCUAGGAUUGGGGAUGGUGGGAAAGAGAAGUUAGGUUCCGUGGAAAAGAUGAAUGUGCAUCAUGUUGAAGUCGCAAAGGAUGCAGUUUAG